CUUCGAGCCAAAGCAGCAUCAGGGAAUGGCUGACCACAACCAUCACUGAGGAAGAUGCAAAGCACGAGCCGCUGAGGGAAGCUGCAGAGCUUCUGAGGAGGAACCCCAGUGGUGACGAUGACUUGGCUCUCGGGAUAGAAGGUAAAUCUCAGUUGUACAGUAUGUUGUUUAUCUAUAAAGACGUGGCGUGAGUCAUCUGCGGCCCUGUAAAUGCCUGAACGUCUUCUGCUGUAAGUCACAAGCACAGACUGGGACCUGCACUGCAGUCACAGUGACAAGCAUCACCACCAAGGUUGCACUGUAUUAAUUUCACACUGUAUUUCUCAGUGUGUGUGGCCUCCUGCAUCAAUAUCCAUAGUUUAAUUUGUUUAAUUGCCUCAAUUUAAGGAAAAGGAAACACAAAAGGAAACGCUUACAUUUACACAUUUACAAAAGCACCUGUCUCAACUUCAAAGCUGAACAACAGCCUUUAACUUCUGUGUCCGCUGCUGUUCCCCUCCAUUAUGGUUCAUUAUGUCCAGGAGGAGCGAGCGGCAGCGGCACUUCAGACGGCCAGCGCUCCGUCACACAGCCGGCACCAUUACCUAAAGUUUAGACAGAUCUUAUGGAAAUGCCUGCAACGCCGCCGUUGUUGUGCUGUGACAGGGACACUGCUUUGUUCUUGACCGCAUGCCAGAGCCUAAUGGAGUCCCAGUCUGGGAGAGGGAGGUAGAGGUGACUGCCAAAACCAAACACCCUCUGGAGAGAGAGAGAGGGAGAGAGAGAGGGGGGGGGGCGAGAGUAAGAGACAGAGACGGAGAGAAAACACUUGCCUAAUAUAGCUCGAGGAGCCUUGACACCAGAUCUGGGCAGGAUGUACUGACAUCCAACCAGACGGGAAUCCGGGAGACGUUCCCCUCUGGGCCCGUGUCAUCAUGCUUCGCCUGUCUCCUCGUCCAGCUAACAUGACUUUUCUCCCCUGCAGCGUCUUUAUAUGGUAAACAGGGAGUGAGGACGGUCCAGGACUUUCUGCGGUAAGGACGCGUCUGCGGCGCUUGUUGGUGUCACGUCCCGUCGGGUCUUUACGGCCUCGCACAAAGGUCCCGUAAGGUGGAGCAGGACGAGUCCAGCUCUCAGCAGGUGGAACAGCAUCAGUUCGACACCUUCAGGCCACUCUGGACCACUCAGUGUCAUGGACAUACUCAACUUGUGGAAGGACGACCCGGAGGAGUUUCUCUUAGACCUGGGCUUCGGCUGUGACGAACCGGACCUCUCCGGACGCAUCCCGGCACGUUUCAUCAACUACCAGUCUCAGGCGAGAGGCAUCAACCUCCAGGUGUUCCUGGAAGCCCAGAAGAGCCGCAUGGACCUGGAGAACCCGGACGUCAGCAAUCGCUUUCGGCAGCUCGAGGUCCUCCAGCAGGUCACCACAGCGUUCUCCUCCUUGGUGGGCUCCUCCCCGUCCAAAGCGCCGCUGGACAAAGGCCUGCCUCCGGAGGCUCGGGAGCGGAGGAGGCGCAUGGGAAUGCUCCUCAGACGAGCGUCCAAGAAGUCGCUGAGCCAAAUGCACGGCCAGAAAGCUCUGGACCUGAGCACGGCCGAGGUCGCGCUGCAGCCGCCACCCGGCCCCGGAGACAGGAAGGGCCCCUCCAAAAGGCCCAAGCCCGGGCCGAUGGAGGCUGGGAGCCUGAGUCCUCUGGCCGAGGAACUGGGAGCGGGUCAAGAGGCGCAGGUUGUGGUUUGCUUCAUGACCCAGGAGGCCGCACCGAAACCCGGGGCCCUGAGGGAAGGUCAUCCCCUGACAGUCACGUCUCUGCUGCAGAGGAAGAAGAGCCAGUGGCAGGCCAAGGAGUCGUUCGAAAUGGAAGAGAUCCACAGUUUUGAUGAAGGUAGUGUAACAGGGGCAACAGACAAUAUAGUGCGGGGCCUGAUACGGACCAACAGCUGCCAGUCGGACAGCAGUGGCUUUCUAGAAGAGCCCUUCGUCCCCCCUCUCCCUCCACAGGGGUCACCGGCCCCUGACCUCAUCAAGGCUCUGGCCGGUCUGUCAGGGGCGAGUACCGACAGCCACAGCGAGGAGAAGCCCGGCUCUCCUCCUCCCUUAUACCCUCAUACCUCCACAUCUCCUCCACGUCUGCCCGCGGCUGGUGCUGAGAAACCUCCAUCUCCGCGUCCUUCGCCACAGCCGUCCUCUGGUUUGAGCGUUUCGCCGCCUCUCGUGAACUCGGAUCCGCCCGGUUCAGAAGCUGAGGCGUCGCCUCAUGAAGACCGCUCACUACCUGGGGCUCAGUUACCGACUGAGCGCCUCGCUUCUCCAGAGCGCUCCACCCCUCCCCCCUCGCCCCCCGCCCCGGUGCAAACAGCCUCACUAAUUAAAAGUGACAACAAAGAUGCUCGCUGCCUCCGCCUCCCUGAUUCUGGACACACAGCACAUAGUAGUGUAAGUAUUCCUCCUAGUGUGGCGUCUCCAACCUGUGAUUCCCCGCUUCCUGCCUCCGUUGCUCUGUCUUCUGGAUCCUGCUGGAAUCCAGGAAGCAAAGAGGGCUUUUUACAUAUGUUGCCUGAUUCAGCCUCUGGUGGGUUCUCGUCUCAGGAGGCUUGUCCCUCGCUGCCCUCGCUCGCUCCACUUCGCCUGUCUGACUCAUCACAGUCACAGGAUCCAGAUGCUCUGAGAGAUCCAGCUGCUGAAACGGUUUCAGACCUGAGCCGACCCGUUAACACAGACCCUGCUCCAACCUCUGCUGUCCUAGAUGUUAUUCAUGUAAAGAUGGAUGAUGUCCCUCUGCACUUAGAGGAUACCCUUCAGAGGGAAGGAAAGGGAGAAGUGGCGGGAGAGAGACGCACGGACACUGAGCAGACCACAGAGACUGAUGUUUACAUCCCAGACACAGAGGGCUCUCUUUCAGAAUGUUCUCGAUUAGUCUCUGAGGAAUUAUCUAAACAAACAGAUCCACAGAUUCACCAAGACGCUCCUUAUCGAUGUUCGAAGGAUGAGCUUUCAGGUGAAACCGGACAGGAAAGUGUUGGGAAAGUAUGUGACGUCGAAACAAGAGGCACAGGAGGUGAAUCAUCUGUUCGACCUUUAGUCUUUAGACUCCAAGAGGUUGUAGAGGAGUCCAGUUGUAUUAAAGCAGAUCCAAAGAAUCUAAUUGCGAUUGAGAGCUUAGAUAUGGUGUUUGAAACGUCGGUGGACGGUUCUGAGUUCGACAAUGGAGAAGGAGAUGCCUUUUUUCGGCAGCUUGACACCGAAGGGCAAGUGUUUUGGGCCGAACCUGUUCAGAUUUGCUUUUCGCCCCCGCUGCUUGAAGAGUCGGGCGGCUUUGAAGCCUUCGAUGGAGCGCCUGGACCUUCUGACCUCCGUGAAGCCCCACGCGAUCCGAUUUCCCCCACAGACGUGCCUCUGGAUGGAAGAACCUCCCCACCACCACAAACAGUCAGCUCUGACCAGACAUUCAGACCUGCCACCGACCGCGUAGACGCGCUCCCCGCGUCCUCUCCGUCCUCUCCGUCCUCGUCCUCAGGACACAAGCCUCUGAGCCGCUCCGUUUCUGUGCAGAUGUCUUCAUCCCCGUCUUCUCAUAUCGUUCACAGGAAGGAUGUUCCCUACGUGACUGAUUCAAAACGCACCCUCCCCCCUCCUGUCCUCCCUUUGGACACGUCCAGUCCCUUUCGCGCUGUCCAGUCGUGGACGGACCUACGCAUGCAGAGAAACAAGAAUUUAUCAUGUGAGCUUCUCGAUACUGUCCCCAAUGAAGUGAUGUCAUACAGAAGUGCUCCAGAAAAUAUACAACGGGCCGCGCAGAUGUCCUCCUCCACUCCAUCGUUUCCUGUGCAGUCCAACAACUGGCAGUCACACGAGUCUCUGGCUGGAAAGGGUAGAAAGUAUAGGACGGUGUCGGUCUCCGUGGACACGGGCCUGUCGUCUCACCAAAACAAGGACAACAACAGGAACGGAGGAGCGGCUGAGAGGGAGCGCUGGGAGCGGGAGACGAGCACCUUGGUCUGCUGCUGCUGCUCCUGCGACCGCCAGUGCGCCUGCUGUCUGCAGAGGGGUCCCAAGAAGCAGCAGAGCCUGGAACCCGGUCCCUUCUCUCUGGAUGAGCUGGAGGAGAUGAUGCUGUGUCUGCAGCAGUUCUGCUCCGUUCUCAGCAACAUGGAGGAGCAGCUGUCUGAAGACCAGGCUGCAGUGUACAGCGCUCUCUCUGACCACGACAGGGAGAAUGUUCGACACAUAGAGGAACUGAGGCGAGCUGUGAAACAAGAGGCUGGAGAGUUGGAGAAGCAGCUGAAUGAUCUGGCACAUCACUAUGACGACAGCUUGAAAAUGAAGAUGCACAGACUGCUGGACGAGCAGUCUCUACUGUGCUCUCAACUCCAAGUCUUUCUGCCUCGAGCAUCGAACCCCACUUCCAACAGGACAGUAGCCACUCAGUGCUCUCUGAUGCCCUGGUUCGCUGCUGGUCACAUGCACGGCGAUCACGUCUCCUCCUGGAGCGCCUGGAAAGAAGAUUCCACCCGAGUGAUACCUCCUGGGUUAGAGAACAUCUGUGAGGGCCUGGGAUCUUCUCCCACUAAGGCAGACAAGAUGGACAUAGUGGGCUUCCUCCAGCGACUGAGGGAGUCUUUGCAUCACUCUGUCAACACGGACUCGUUGGAAUAAAAGAUUUUUCAGCUUUGGGUCAAUGCCUGAAACUACAUCUGAGCAAUUCAAAGUCUUCAAAUUAAAUAAUUUAUCCUUAACUGUGCUGGAACUAGAACCACUACAACUUGCAUGGGAUACAAUCCUCUGAUAAUUCUAAUUAUUCAAUUCUCAUUUUCAUAAAAUAAUAAUGUACGACAAUGUAAAUGUAGGUAUAUUUAAUGUAAAUGUUAAUAGACACUAAGCCUCUGCUCUGUAAAUGCACAAAUGCUUUAAAUCUUAUUACAAUAAAUCAUAGACUACUGAAACGUA